AUGGCCUCAGCUCUGCACGUGCGAGGAGAAAACCCCUGGGGCUACCCGGACCACUGGUACAGGAAUGUCCACGCUUCCCGGGCCUACGGGGGCAGCGGCGGGUCCCCGUUCAGCGACCGGAGUUACGAGCAGGCGCGGAUCGUCACGAUCAGCGUGUGGAGCGGGAAUCCGGAUUAUAUUCAUGCUAUCCAGGUGACGUAUGGACGCCGCACUGCCGCAAAGCAUGGUGGGAACGGUGGGACCAGGCAUGACUUCGAAGUACGCGUCAAUCAAGGUGAAAAGAUAACUGAAGUGAGACUCCGGGUCGGCUGGCACGUGGAUCGCAUCGGGUUUAAAACCAACCACGGGCGUGAUUUGGGGGCGGUAGGGGGCAUGGGUGGGAAAUAUCACGUCGUCCGACCGCCCUUCAUAGAAGGGUGGACCCUUGGUUGUUAUCUGGUGAGCAUCGAGGGCAGGGCAGGUGCGUACGUGGAUCAGCUGACGUUUUACUGGAAAUGUUAGGCACGACGGAACUUCGGUGCAGGACUGCAGACCACCUUACAUCUCAGCGACGAAUAAUUAUAAUUGUUAAAAUGAAAUGUCAAGCAAAGUCAAUCUAAAAUGCAACAUCAAGACGAGGGUAAAUGCACUGUCCUGGUAAGAGAAGAAAUCAAUUAAAAGCAGUCCAGCACCGAUACUCCGUUCUGGUCUGUACGCCUGACUUCCUGGUGUGACGUCAUAGCGCACAUACUCCUGUACAAAACUUCUCCGCUCGCUUUGGGCGCAGGUAGGGCCACGUGCUUUCCUUGUCGCCCAAAACAAAUGGAGAAAGUAGAACGUCAACUGCAACGCAGUGCUAUUAACUUGUGAACUCGUCAUGAAAAUCGGACGGAAGGUGUUACCAGUAGACUGAGGUUCAGUUGCUUAUAUCAUCACUGUAACUGGACACUAGUGAUACAGAGGA